UUAAUUUUGCGAUUCGAUAUAUACAAGAUGCUCUAAAUAAAAAGCUUACGGAGCAAAUGUGGAAAACUGACGUAACGAUCGAUUAUGUCGAUAAUGCAGCGCCAUUGCAAUGCUUUCUGCUGCAGAACAUAACCUGCAAAUUACUAUUUUCAUACCUAUACUCUAUUGUGCACUUGACAUUAUUUUAUAAUGAAUGAAUACGGCCAAAGUAGGAUGAAAUGCACAGCAGCUACUGUACGUAACAUCGUCGUGUCAUUGUAAAUCGUCAUGUACUUGCAGAUAAUUGAGCAUAUUAGAUUUCACUUGUGAAGUGAAACAACGCACUUGAACACUCAGAGCAUCAGUCGUUUAUUACAUAAGAUUCCAGCGUUGCAAAAAGACUGUAUCCAAGACCAAUCAAGAUUGUAUUACUAUUGUACUAAAGCGCUGCAUUAAAGUACUGUAUUAAAGCGCAGAUUGAAAAAUGACAGUAAUAUUAGGAGGCGGUAUAUCGGGCUUGUCGGCGGCAUAUUAUGCCGUUAACAAGGCAAGACUGGCGUCCGUCGCCUUGCUCGAGGCGUCUGAUCGUGUAGGUGGAUGGAUACGCAGCAGAAAUUCACCAAGUGGAGCAGUCUUUGAGCAAGGACCAAGAACGAUCAGGCCAGAUGGUCCGGCUGGGACGAACACACUUAACAUGGUAGAGGAUCUUCAGCUGACCGACAAGUUGAUCCGCAUUAGACGAAGUCACCCCAUUUCUUCCAACAAGUUGAUAUACUCAGAGCAGGCGCUGCACUUGUUACCAACAUCGUUGAAGGGUUUCUUCAAGACAAUUUCGCUGUUGGAUCGUCCUCUGAUAAAUUGCUUGUGGACCGACCUGAGAGCGCCAAAGGUGUCUAAGGAGGACGAGAGCAUUUACAGCUUCGUACAGAGAAGACUCGGCCAGGAUAUCGCGGAUCGCAUCAUCAGCCCGAUAAUUUGCGGCAUCUGUGCGGGUGACGCGCGUCAGAUAAGCGUGAAUUUCAUACUCAAGUCUCUGUUCGAGGCGGAACAGAAGCACGGAUCCAUAAUGAAAGGCUUGCUGAUGAGCGGUCUGAAAAAAUCGUCGAAAUUAAAGAGCAAAAAAACGAAGGAGGAUACCGACGAGUCUGCGGAAAAUCCGCGUAUAACUCUGGCGCGUAUAGCCCGAAUAGAAAGGUGGGCGAUCUGGAGCUUGCAGGGAGGGCUUGAGCAAUUGCCCUUGGCGUUGGCCGAUAAUCUCGUGAAGCGAGGAGUAAAGAUAGAAACAGGAACGAAAUGCGAACGGCUGACGUUCAAAGAGGAUCGCGUGGAGCUGCUGGUGAACGGUGACAUGCGAGAGUGCUCGCGGGUCAUUUCGAGCUUGCCUGCUAAGAACCUGGCUGAACUGCUGCAGGAGCAGCAUCCCGCGCUGUCGGCAGAGCUCAGGGCGAUACCAUCGGUAACGGUGGCGGUAGCCAAUCUUGAGUUCUCCGGGAAUGUACUACCCUUACAGGCGUUCGGCUUUCUGGUACCACCCAAUGAGAAUCUUCCUCUGCUGGGUGUGAUCUUCGAUUCUUGCAUGGCGAAGGAGUCCACCGCCUCCACGGUGUUAACGGUAAUGAUGGGCGGUGCUUGGUUCGAGAAAUACUUUGGGCCAAAUCCGACGGAGGAACAGCUGUUAAAGACGGCGACUGACGGACUGAGAGAUAUCUUAUACAUCACAGACAAACCUGUGGCACACCACAUCGCCGUUCUGAAGGACUGCAUUCCGCAGUACGUGGUGGGUCACGAUCAACGUGUGAAACGUAUCCACGACUACAUUUCCGCGCACAAGAUUCCGCUGGCAGUAUGUGGCUCCUCUUACCAAGGUGUGGGAAUCAAUGACGUUAUUCUGUCAGCAAAACAGGCUGUUUGUGAUGUUGUCAAGUGAAAAAAUACAAAAAAAAAAAAAAAAAAA